UGCAGUUAAAACGGCACGCAAUCAAUCUCACAUUGAAUUUGUGACUGACGUCCGUUUGCGAAACAAUACCGGCAAAUACAUUUGGCUUUGCUUUGCGCACUAUGUCUGAUUCUGCAUGUAUUAUCAACAACGUCAAGUGAUACUUGGCUCACGGUGCACAGAGAAAAUCAUUGAUUUAGAACGACGCCCGGACUCCGGACUCAGACAAGACACCGAGGUCACCGGGACAAUGGCAGAUCCCACACAACAGACAGAUCCCAAGGACUCAGAGCACAAGCUAGUGCCACACAGAAACUUCAACCUGAUCACGGGGAUCCACUCUCCAGAGGAAGUGGACAGGAUCCAGAACUGGGAGACCCGAGACUCUGACGUAUUUGCCAUCACAUAUCCCAAGUCAGGGACAAUCUGGAUGCAGCAAAUUCUCCUCCUCAUCCACUCCAAGGGCGAUGUCACGGCAACCACUGGCCAGCUCAACUCUGACAGCGUCCCUUGGAUCGAGCUGAUGGGCAGCGAGAAGACGUUUGUCUGCGCCCCCUCCCCCAGGCUGCAAGUCUCCCACCUGCAGUACCAGUUCAUGCCUCUACGGCUGAGACAGAAGAGGGGCAAGGUGAUCUAUGUGGCCAGAAACCCUAAGGAUGUUCUGGUCUCCUAUUACCACUUCCACAAGUAUGCCACUAUGCUACAGACGCCAAAGAACUUCACUGAGUUCUUUGAGAAUUUCAUGGAGGGUAAUGUGUAUGGGAACUGCUGGUUUGAGCACAUCCAGACAUGGUAUUCUCACAGAGCAGAGAUGAACUUCCUGUUCCUCAAGUAUGAAGACAUGGUCCAGGACCUGAGGUCGGUUGUGCGGCAGAUGUGUUUGUUCCUGGAGCAGGACCUGACGGAGGAGCAGGUGGGCAGGGUGGUGCAGAACAGCACCUUCAGCACCAUGAAGCAGAACCCCCAGGCUAACUACAAGUGUGUGUCUGCCAGCCUACUGGACCACAGGGCGGGUACCUUCAUGAGGAAAGGUACCAUCGGAGACUGGAAGAACAACUUCACAGUAGCCCAGAAUGAGAAGUUUAACCGUGUCUACCAGGAGAAGAUGAAAGACUGGCCUCUCUCCUUUAAGUGGGACAUCCAUGAUAACAGGACCGUGUGAUGUCAUCACUGUUGGACACAAAGUUGUUCAAUGAGACUAGACAUCUUUACUCAGUCUACAAAUUAUUUAUCUAUAUAUAUCUAUCUGUCUUGUAUUAAAAUUGCUUUACAGAUUUUAAGUUCCCAAUAUGAAUUUUAUAUUCACAAUAUGCACAGCUUUGUAAUAAUUACAAAAUGGUAUUUGGGAUACGUACAAUUUCUUUACUUUCACUCCUCAAUGGACUUGCAUUGUCUCUGUAUAUAUUUUGUAUAUUAUUGUAAUGAAUGUAAAAUAAUAAUUAAAAAACAAAUCACCUAUAAAUCCAGUUGGUUUAGUCAUCACAAUACCCAUUCAAUAGCCUGGCUGCCAGCCCAACUUCUCCCCACCCACAAAAAAAUUUGGUCGGGAAGUUGGGUCUGGAGG